UCCAGCCGGGGUCGAUUGAGGAAGUUUGGCUCUACUUUCCCUCGUGUUUAUUAAUACUAGCCAUUAGCUCAGCUACAGUUACAGACUGACGUCCAUCACAGAGAUGACGUCAUCAUCUGACCUGGAGCAGCUCGCAGAAAUAGAACUCCAGAAGGAGGAAGAGGAGGAGGAUGAGGAGGUUCAGAGGUCCGUCACAGACCGUCCAUCAGCUCCUCCGAGCAGCAGCGUCAGCUCUGACUCCUCCCACCCGUAUUACGAUGUGGCUCGACACGGCAUCAUCCAGGUCUCUGGUGACGACAACUACGGCAGGAAGCUGAUCAUCUUCAGCAGCUGCUGUUUGCCUCCGUCGCACCAGCUGAACCACCAGCGCCUGCUGCAGUACCUGAAGUUCACCUUGGACCAGUACGUGGAGAUGGACUACAUCCUGGUUUACUUCCAUCAUGGUCUGAAGAGCAGCAACAAACCGUCUCUGAAGUGGCUACGAGAAGCUUACAGCGAGUUCGACAGGAAAUACAAGAAGAACCUGAAGACUCUGUUCGUCGUUCAUCCUACAAACUUCAUCAGAAUCGUGUGGAACAUUUUCAAACCUCUGAUCAGCCACAAGUUUGGGAAGAAGCUGACGUAUGUGAACUACCUGGACGAGCUCAGAGAUCACCUGAACUACGAGCAGCUCAUCAUCCCCCCUGAUGUCCUCAGACAUGAUGAAAAGUUACGAGCGGCUCAGAAAGGCGGACCCCCUCCCUCAGUGAAAACCCCCCCGCCCCGACCCCCCCUGCCCACCCAGCAGUUUGGUGUCAGUCUGCAGUACAUCAGAGAGAAGAACAGGGGGGCGAUAAUCCCACCUGUGAUCCAUCAGACCGUCACCUACCUGAAGGAGAAAGGUCUGAGGACUGAGGGACUCUUCAGGCGUUCGGCUCGAGUUCAGCUCAUCAAGGACGUUCAGAAACUCUAUAACCUGGGGAAGCCUGUGAACUUCGAUGAGGUCGGUGACGUCCACGUUCCCGCCGUGAUCCUGAAGACGUUUCUCAGAGAGCUGCCUGAACCUCUGCUCACCUUCAGAGUCUACAACCAGGUCCAGGAGAUCCUCAGUGUGGAGAGCAGUCUCCGUGCGACCAGGUGUAAACAGAUCAUGGAGAGUCUUCCCGAGCAUCACUUCAUCGUGGUGAAGUACCUGCUGUGUUUCCUGCACAUGGUGUCUACGGAGAGCAUUGUGAACAAGAUGAGUCCGUCUAACCUGGCCUGUGUGUUCGGGGUGAACCUGGUUUGGCCUCGCCACGGGUCGAUCUCUCUCUCCGCUCUGACGCCCAUCAACAUCUUCACCGAGCUCCUCAUCGAACACUUCCACGCGGUGUUCGGCUCCCGCUGCCCACCUGGACAGGUAACACCCUGAACCAGCAGACCAACACGUCACAGACCUGGAUCCAGACUCUCACUCGUCCUCUGGGAAUGGACAUUUUAUUUUUUCUAUUUUUUAAAUCUUUUUCUACUUGUGUUUUAUUGUCUGUCGAUCCUCCUGUUUUUCCAAAACUUUCCAAAGUGAGAAAGUUCUGACCAGACGUCCAUGAAAUCUGUUUCUCAGAGGACGACUUUGUGGUUUUCAUCGGACUGAACCAUUUUCUUUCUGCACAAAUAGAAAAAAAAUCUAAAGGUCAGACUGUCAGAAAACCUCCUGAGCACAUUGGUUGGUCAAUAUAAUGAUAUGAAUAUUUUUAAUACUGUUCGUACUAAAGUUUCUCUGAUGUUUCUUCACUGUGGACUGAUUUGUAACAAGACUCAAGCUUUUAUUUGUUAGAUAUUUAAUUCACUAGAUUGAUUAACCAAAAUCAGACGUUUUAUCAUUCAAAGUUAACAAAAGUUUUUCUGUCAGAGUUUAAUAAGAAAAUGUGGAAGAUUUUGUCUGUUGGUCUGAGACCUGUAAUGAUGUGGACAGAUGAAUACUUUUAUAUUUUUAUAUUUUCUUUGUUGAUGCAUCAGCUGAACCAGAACAGAACUUUACACAUAGAUCAGACAUCUGCCUUAAAUCCACAAGGAUCCACAUUAGGUACUGUUUGUUUGUUUGUUUGUUUGUUUGUUUGUUUGUUUGUUUGUUUGUUUGUUUGUUUGUUUGAUUGUUUGU